AUGGCUGCGUCAACGGAGACUGUGGCACCAGAUCAUGCCUUGCUUAGCAGUAUCUUACCAUCAAGCGAGGAGAACUUUCCUGCUGGUGAGCCUGUGACUGCGCUUCCACCUAGCUCAACCUCAAUUACGGAGACCAGCGCGGAGAGUAGUCCGACGCAAGAACAAAUUACCAUAGUGGACCAAUCAACGCCUUGGACGCCAUCAACCACGACUGCAUCUCAAACGACAGCCUCAACAAUAUCAACAAGUUCGUCUUCUAGACCGACCUUAUCAACCCCCGCUGUAUACUCCACCACGAUCUCCUUAGCACCUGAACAGACAACCGACCAGACAAAAUCAGACACAUCAAUCAGCGAACCAGGCUCCUACUCAGGCGGCACCUCGACAAAAGCGAAAAUCGCAAUCGCAGUCCCAGUGUCAAUAAUAGGCUUAGCCCUAAUAAUAACACUGAUACUGUUCCUCACACGACGCCGCCGUCGCGAAAAAGAACGCCACAAUCUGCCCCCACCCUAUGAUAUGGCAACGAGUCAAACAACAGCCGUCUCAACCCAAGAGCUAAUGGUCUCGCCAAAGCCACAGACACCAGCAGCAGCAGUAUCUCUAUCUAGACUGCCAAUCCUGAAUGUUCCGCCUUCCUCUGCAGGCGGACAAAGUCGUGAUCCAACUCCCAGUCCCAGCUCUACGCGCCGUAUGUCGGUAUCUCGGGUUUCUGGGCCGAAUGACUCCAGGACCGAGAUUGGAGUUGCCCUUGCUGUUCCACUAGAUCACCAGAGGAGUGCUACAGAGCAAGAUUUCAGGUUGCCGUCGCGGGGAACGAUGCAGUUGGCUCGAAUGCCAUUUGACAAUUCUUAUGCUCCGGAUGACGAUGCUGUCUCUGAAGUCUCGGAUUUGGAUGGUGGGCGGCGGGAUACAGAGUUCGAUGAAGUAUCAGAUGUCUCAUCCUUUGGCACUGUUUCGCCAGUUAGGGGUGGAGAAAGGAGACAGUAUCGAUGA